AUGCUUGAAAAGUUAAAAUAUUUGUUAAAAAAAGGUUCAAAUUCAUGUCUUUCCAAUGAGAUAUGGGUACUCAUUCUCACCAUAUAUCUACAAGAAGCAAGCUUUCGUGAAAUUUUUCGAUUGCGUCGAACCUGUAAACAAUGGAAUGAAAUCAUACCCGUUGUGGUGAACGGCUUGAUCUCUCGAAACUGGUCGGAAGAGUGGGAAAUUCAGAUAACAUCCGAAGACGGCAUCUGCGUGAGUUUCAUCACUGGCAUACCUUAUUAUGAUGACUUCAUGAAUCUAGUGUGUUUCACAAACCCUGUCCAAUCGUUCCUGAUCGAUUUUUCGAGAAAUUUCUUUUUCCAUUUUACCCUUUACAACAAUCAACAAAAAGUCUGCGAAACAGAACAUUACAUCGAUGUUUUGGGUGAAAGUUUGGGCGAAAAGAUUUAUCAUGAUUUGAAUAAUAGUAUUUAUUGUAUUGGUACUUUGGAAGGGGAAUAUUAUGAUUUCAUAUAUUGGAAGGUUCCUCCAAAUUGGGUUUUUAAUCAAAUGGGUAAGUUUCUUGAAAGCAAUAAAUGA